AUGGACCGUUCAAAAAUCUCGAACGGCAGGCCGGUUCAGACGCGCGGCUAUUAUUACACUGCGCGGCAACCAUGUUGCUUUGUGCGCCAAUCAGAAGACAUUAUACGGAGCAUGGCGGAUACCUAUGGGUAUUAUCAAUCCCUAUUAUUAAAGCAGAUCAAAGGCGGCGCGGGAUUCGGCUUGGACCGCAACCAAGAAUUUUUAAAUGCCCAGAGGUCAAUGCUGAGAUAG